AUGCAGGCACAGACAACAGCAAUGAGUUCGAAUUCUGUUGAUCGGUAUGAAAUGUCGAAAGGUAAAUCUGUGAUUGAAGUUGGUGAAUGUGAUGGUGAAGGUGAAUCUGGCAGCAUUGCUUCCUUUUCUAUAGAACAGGAAAGUUUAGAGAAUGAAAACUUGGAGAUAGACCCAAAGGAGGAAGCUGCGUUUGUGAGAAAACUGGACACAAGACUGUUGCCCAUGUUGGCUUUUAUGUAUUUUUUAUCAUCUUUGGAUCGGUCCAAUAUCGGGAAUGCUUAUACUUCAGGAAUGCGGGAGGAUUUGCAAUUGACUAGUAAACAGUACUCCAAUGCAGUUUCUGUUUUCUACUCGACGUAUCUUGCUGCAGAACUCCCCACUACGUUGAUAUUGAAAAAAACGAAACCCAAGUACUACAUGUCGUUUUUAGUGCUAUCUUGGUCGAUUAUUACCCUUUGUAAUGCGUUUGUUCAAUCUUAUGCGUCGUUGAUUGCAUUGAGAGUGCUGUUAGGUGCAUUUGAAGGUGGGUUUUUCCCAGCAAUGACUCUAAUCAUCAGUAUACUUUACAAGAAACAGGAACAAGGUAAACGUAUUGCGUUCUUUUUUGGAUCCUCGGCGUUAUCUGGUGCUUUUGGAGGUCUUAUUGCUACCGGUUUAGCAAGUAUGAAGCCUGCAGGUGGGCUGGAAGGUUGGAGAUGGUUAUAUAUUAUUGAGGGGUUGAUUUCUGUUUGUGCAUCCGUUUGGUUGUUCCUGGAAUUACCAAAGGAUUUUGAUAACAUUCCAUAUCUGAGUGCUAGAGAAACUGAAAUUUUGAAGAUCAGAGCUAAGCAACGUGUUGCAUACAUGGGAGACGGUCGUUUCGAAUGGAGCUACGUCUUCGAUGCCUUGAAAGAUUUCAAAACUUACAUUAGUUUCACAAUUCAAUUUUGUCAAGACGUUAUUCUUUAUGGUUUUAGUACUUUUGUCACUGCCAUCUUGAAGCUAGGUCUUGGUUACACUUCUAGAGAGGCUCAAUAUAUGAGCGUUCCGGUGUACAUUUUGGCUGCAAUUGUGUUUUUGAUUUCCGCAUAUAUCAGCGAUAGAUUGAAGGUAAGAGCGCCUAUCUUUGUUUGUUAUAACGUUAUUGGCGCUGUUGGAUACAUUCUGUUGUUAAGUGUGCAUAACAAUUCGGUUAAAUAUUUUGCCUGCUACUUAAUCACUUUUUCCUUGUACACUGGUACUGGGUUAAACAUUGCAUGGUUAACAAAUAAUGUGGCACCUCAUUAUAAAAGAGCCACUGCACUCGGAUUAAAUCAAACUUUGGGUAAUGUAUCAGGCGCAGUUGCUGGCCAAAUUUAUACCACUGCGCCCUACACCUUUGGUCAUUCGUUUUCUUUGGGAUGUAUCGUGUUAUCCAAUUUGUUGGCUAUAACUCAGAUGUUCAUUCUAAAGCGGAUCAACAGAAAACGCCAACGUAUUCUAAGUGGAGAAAUUUCUGAUGAUCACCGUGGAGUAAGAAAUGGUGACAAUGCUUUGGACUUUAAAUACUGUAUGUAA